CCGAAGGAAGUUGUGACGAGUGCAGAGAGUUACAGAAGGGAUAAACGAAAGUAUCAACGAACCAAACGUGAAUUAUCCUAUCUGCCGUUCUAUGAAGUGAUUCACAAAGAUGCCACCAAAUGGUUGCAACAAAUCAAGAUUGGCCUCGCCACAUCAACUUCUCUUUACGCACUCGAUUCUGGAUUAGUAUUUUGGAUGAAUCAGUUAAGGGAGUGA